AUGGGAGUUGUUCGUUCCAUUGAGCAUGUCACUACUGGUGAAAAUGAUCGUCCUAGAGUUGAUGUUGUUAUCGCCGACUGUGGAGAAAUUCCAGAAGGAGCUGAUGAUGGAAUUGCAAACUUCUUCAAAGAUGGUGACAUGUAUCCUGACUGGCCUGCCGAUCUCAAUGAGAAUUCUAGUGAGCUUUCUUGGUGGAAAACAGCUGUAGAUUCGAUAAAGGGUUAUGGAAAUGAACAUUUUAAGAAGCAAGACUAUAAGAUGGCUCUAUGGAAGUACGGAAAGGCUCUCCGGUCAUCUAUUCUUGAAGCAGACAAGAGUAUGUAUUUGAGAAAGAUGAAGGCGCAGAUAUUUACCAACAGCUCUGCUUGUAAACUUAAACUAGGAGACUUAAAGAGAGCACUUCUGGACAGAGACUUUGCAAUGCGUGAUGGUGAAAUUAAUGCAAAGGCAUUGUUCCACCAGGACCAGGUUGGUGAUUUGUCCAUGACAUUGUCAUCUUUUUGUGGUGCCAUAUCUGGAAAGUUGUUUGAGCACCAAAAGGGGUCAUUUCUACGAAUGACUUCUGACAUUUGCCGGAGAUGA